AUGAGUAAAGAAGAAAUAAAACAAUUAUUUAAACGAUUUGAUAAUGGUAAUGGUCACUUAUCGUUAGCUGAACUUGAUCGAGCUAUCAUUCAUUAUUAUCCACAAUUUGCUACCAAUAAGAAAGCAAUUAUGCAAGCAUAUAAAGCGGCUGAUACUAGCAAUAAUGGUUUCAUUGAAUUGAGAGAAUUUGGAAAAAUUGUUCAAUUACUCAAACACUAUGAUGAAUUAAGUAAAAUAUUUGAAGAAUUAGAUACAAAUGAUGAUCAUCGUAUUAGUUUUAAAGAAUUUAAAAGAGGUUUUACAUUAUCAGGUGAAGAUGAUUCGGAUGAAGAAAGUUUAAAACAAGAAUUUGAUGCUAUUGAUUCGAAUGAUGGUGGUUAUAUUCUAUUUGAUGAAUUUUGUAUGUACAUGGCCAAGAAAAAAGUACAAUAA